GUUAAUUUCAAAUAUGAACAAUAUAGUGCCUGUCAUUAUUGCUGAAACUGAUAGGCCGAUAAUCCAAUAAUUAAGUCGGUUCGUAGGUGUGGAGAAAAUAUAUUCAAGUGCAUGUAAAUCAUAAAGAAACGUUUAAAUACGCUUUUGACUAACCAACAACGAGAUCUUUAUUGAAUUAUUGGUAAUUUACACUUAACGAUAUUUGGGGUCCGGUUAGCGUUAUUAUAUGAACAUAUUGAAAUAUUUGCUUUCAUUUGCUACAGGCUUUAUAUACUGAUCCGAACACACGAGGAUUUUUAACAAAUAUCAAUAAUGAAGUAAAACUCUAGGAAUUGGUUUUCAAUUGGAAAAUUAUUUUAUUGUUGACUUUAGUCGUAUUCACAGGUGUUGCGCUAUGGAACAAGGAAAAUGUACUAAUACUUUAUAAACUAGAAAAUGAAUUGUAAAAUUGUUACUUUAAACUCUUAGAAAUGAUUUGUUUACUUGGAUAAGGAUAUACAUUAUGAGAUUCUAUAUUUUGUGUUUACUAGUCCUAUUUCAAGGUGCUCAGUGUUUGUACUUCAAGCAAUACAGAUACAAGUUUUGUCCUUCCGUUUCAAAUCAAGUUCUAGUAGACAGUUCUCUGUGUGUUCCCGGAUCUCUGAAAUAUACUGUUUCCCGCAAUGCGUUCAACAUAAAUUCUAAUGGUUUGGUGACUACAUUUAAUGCCAAACAAGGGAUUAAUGAUUUAAUAGUCAAAGCAACAUGCACAGAAAAUGGACAUAAAAAGGAAACAACCGCUCUUGCUGAUGUGAUUGCUAACUGUGACCCGUCUUCAUUGUCUACAGAUCAAAAGAACCUUUUGUGCUUUGACGGAACUCUUAUGAAUUUUACGAUUACAGAAAACGUUUUGAAGUCUGUAUUGGGAAAGUUAUCUGUAUAUUCAGGAAUUAAUAAUGGAUUCGCAAGAGAGUACAUAUUAGUAAACAAAGAUCAACAGAUUUCAAAGUUUUUUGGGAUUGAUUCAACAACCUCAGAAUUCUCUAUUUUGUCACCAUUAGACUUUGAAAUAAAAACUACAUGGAACUUGAAAGUCAGAUGUCAGCUGACACAAGGAAAGACAAGCAGAAAUUAUACUGCCAACUUAAUAGUCAUAGUUCAAGAUCAGAAUGACAGUCCGCCACUUUUUCAAGACAGAUCAAAUCAAAUUAAAUCAGUUCUUGUGACAAACGACAAAAAGAAAAUUGAAGUUAUCGUGACAGAUAAAGAUGAUUUUGACUGUUCAAAGUUUUCUGUACAAGUAUUUGGAGACUCUCUGGGCAUUUGUCACGCUAUAUCACCACUUGGUUUCAGGGUACCGAACGUAACAAUUUGUAGAUUAAUCGUUAACAUUAAUAAUACCAGGCCUAAAGUACCACUUCCGGAGGAUUACACGUGUAAUGUUGCUUUUAUCGACGAAGGAUAUAUGCUGUCAUCAAAUGAGACAAGAUCUGAUAGAGUAAUUUUAGAGUUACGAUGGCAGAAAGGUACAAAUGCAGUCAACGAUAAUAGCAAAAUGAUACAGCUGCGAAUAAAUAGGAGUGCAAGUCAGCUUACUCAGGUGUACAAGUUUCCUGAACACAUUAAUAAGACUGUAUAUGUAAUGAAUCCACCAAAACAUGCCUUUGAUAUAACAAGUGGUAUAGUCUAUGUUUCUAAUGCGGAUACGUUACGACAGAGUGAUAUUGGUGUUAAAGUCACUGUUAUCUCGCAUCCGGAUAACUUCCAAACAGAUUUGUUUAUCUCUGUAAUAGGACAAUACCAUGUCUUGAAGACCGACAAGCCUUGUAAUGAGUCUUGUUCUCGAUUUAUGUAUAAACAAUAUUGUGAAACUGGUUGUGGCCUUGGUGCACCAAAUGGGAAAUGUGUCUGGCGUCAAGGAAAUGAUGGAAGUGGCCUUGAAUCUAAAUAUUCAACAUGUUCUCCAAAUUUACAUACGUGUCCUGAUCAAGUCUGUGACCCCUUAGAAAGGGCAUUUCAUUUAUUGUGUCCACAAGAUUGUACAACUGAAACUAUUGGGAUCGUAAAGCAGGAUCCCCAGACAGGCAGAGGUAUUCUACAAGCUACUGGACCAUGUUGGUGUGAUUAUAACGGGAAAUGUUCUUGCUUUGAACCCGCUCCUUUCAAGUCAACUACACCACUUUCGGUCAUAUACAAACCUGGCGGACAUAAUAGUAGUACAAAAGAUAGGAACCAAACCAUAGAAAAUGUUAGGGUUGAUCCAGUUUUAGAUGACAAGCUUAAUAACAGUGAUCAUACUAUCUGUGAUAUAGACUGUAAAAUUACAAUAGCAACGAUAUGCGGAUGCAUCAGUGCGCUUGCAUGUUUGUUUGUUCUUGUGUGGAAGACCAGAAGAUUUAAAUGUCAGAGGAAUAAAACACUAAAGCAUGUCGGAAGUGUUGCAUCAAUGUCUGUAAUACCAUCGGACUAUUUUGACGAUAGAGAUUACAGGACACAACACUCCUCCCCACAGUACGGUCCAUAUUACAAAGAGUCGUACAAUAGCAGCGUGUCCCCAGAAGAUGCAAAGUGGGAAUUUGAGAGGGAACAUCUACAAUUAGACACAACUCUUGGUGAAGGAGAAUUCGGGAAAGUUGUCAAAGCAAAAGCCUACAACUUAGACGGAAAACAAAAUUAUACUGAAGUAGCAGUAAAAAUGCUCAAAAAUUGUGCCUCUGGGGUUGAACAACAAGCAUUAUGGUCGGAGUUUAAUUUACUGAAAGAUGUUCAACAUCCUAAUGUAAUACGAUUACUGGGUGCAUGCACUCAGAAUGGUCCAACAUAUCUGAUAGUGGAGUAUUGUGAACAUGGAUCUUUACUAAGUUACUUACGAAAUUCUAGACUUGAAGAAAAUGGUUAUGUUAAUCAGCGGUAUAAACCAUCAAAACAUAUAUCAAAUCCAAAAGAACCACCCGAACUUCUCACAAUUCGGGACUUGCUUUCCUUUGGUUGGCAAAUUGCAAAGGGAAUGAAAUAUCUGAGCGAAAUCAAACUUGUACACAGAGAUUUAGCAGCUCGAAAUGUUCUAGUUGGUUCUGGCAAGGUGUUAAAGAUAUCAGACUUUGGUUUAACUAGAGAUGUUUAUGAGGCAGACACAUAUCUUAAACAGAGCAAGGGAAGAAUUCCAGUAAAAUGGUUAGCACCUGAGUCACUAUAUGCACAGAUAUAUACCACACAAAGUGAUGUAUGGUCCUUUGGUAUUGUUUUAUGGGAAGUUGUUACUCUCGGGGCACCACCAUAUCCUGGUGUACCACCAGAGCGUCUUUAUAACCUAUUAUUAGCAGGUUAUCGCAUGGACAGACCUGAAAAUUGUUCUGAUGAGCUAUAUGCUGUGAUGCAAAAAUGUUGGAAAACAGACCCACAGGAUAGACCAACAUUUUCAAAACUUGCAGAUAUAUUUGAUAGAAUGUUGCAGCAAAGAACGGAGUAUCUAGAACUGACGGGUGGUUUUGAAGAUGAUACAUCAGACCUUUUUGGCAGUCGAUAUGCUCCGUCAGUAUCGGGGAUUUCUAUACUUGGUAGUCGGCCUUUACCUGUACAUUCCGAACCCACACCUAUGGACAAUAGGAACAGUGGAAGUUCAUAUCUUACGCCAGCAUUAACUAACCCUAUUGAUACAAACACUAGAUUUUCAGACUCUACGUUGUCAAAACGUGAACAAAGUGAAACUUCAGAGAUGGCGUCUUUACUGAUUGACAAUAGAAGUAAAAACCCUUUUAUUAAUGAAGGUCUAGUCAGUCCAAAAGCGGAACAAACGGUUGUGUGAAUAAAUUUAUAUUGUGAUGUGUACAUAAUGAAAUUGUUUAAUUGAUCUAGUCAUGCUUUUCUGUGAUGGAGUCCAUAUAUACAUUAUAACCUAUAUAUAAUUAUGCAAUGAACUUCAAACAAAUAUGUAUCUGUGUAAAUAUUCUUAUAUAUUAUCUGAAUAUGUAAAAUGUAUACAAUAUGCUUGAUAUCCGUGGUUUCUGUUACUAAGUAAUUGCAUUGAAUAGGUCAUAUGACUUUUUUCAAAAUAAAUCUCAAGGAAAAAAAGAACACGUAAGUAUUGUCAUGUGUAACUGUAUAUACAUAUUACUUGUAUCAUAAUCAGCAUUUCCUUUUGUAUGAUACAAACCUUUGUUAAUUGUAUAUUAAACUUGUAUCAAAAUAUAUAUGAUAAAUUGUAGCCUUAAAUUGUACAUUCUUUGCGCAAUCACCGUACAUUGAUGGUGCAAAAGGAAGUCAAUUAUGACCCAAAGUUAAAACGGUUUUAUUGAUAGCUUUCUAACAUUUUAAUAUUUGGUCAAAUUUUUGCUUCCUGUUACACAAUGCCAAACAGCGUAUACAAUAAAACUUGUGUAUAUAUUUAAAUAAUGAUCAUUAAAUGUAAUGUAAAUAAAUGUAUUUGUCUUAAGAUUAAGACAUAAAUAUAUAUUAUUUAUCUUGGUGUAUACUACUUGGCUAGGGUAACUGCUUUAUGAAUUAAAAACUACAAUUUAUAAAAUCAAAUGCCUGUCAAGCCUUAACAGCAGCCAAAGUAAAGAAGAGUGCCAUUAUUUAUCAAAUGUGCGUUCAUCAUUUUCGAAAUAAGGUCACAAAUUGGGUACAAAAAGUGCAGACAUUAUAUUCUGCAUACAUGUAACCAUAUUUAUUACUGUCAAAACUUGUUUGUAUAAUGUCUGAUAAAAUAUUGUGAUAUUAGUUUCAUGAAUAGUGUGACUUAAUAGAAACGGGUAUGUAGAUGAUAAGUUCUUUUAAAAAUUAUUAGAUUUAAGGAAUUUGUUUCCUUUUCUGGUAGUGAUCAUAUGAUGGAUAUACAGUUAAUGUUAUUACUAUAAAUAUUUCUAAUAACUGGUCAUGGCUUUAAUUACAACGCGAGUAUUGACUCACGUGUAGACCAUUGACUUACGUGUAGUCUCUUCCUAAAUUACAUUUUCCAUGUGAAAAAUUCGAAAAAAUGAUAUAAGGAUUUUUUUUUUUAAUUUGAACUAGUUUGAACUUCACUCAUUUAAAAACGUUCAAGCAUUUCUGCUUUUCGUUUACUUAAUUUCGAUAAUUUUAAAUCCAAUUUUCAUCAUUUAUCAAUGGACUUAGUGUGAACAAUAAGUUUAUUAUUGACCAUUGCUCUUCAGUUUCUUUGACUAUCUAUUCACACCAUUUAAAAACCAAAAAUAGAAAUAAUUGUGAAAAGAAUAUGAAAAAAAUGCCACUAACUUUUUAACCUCCUUUUCUUUCCGAUCGCAUAGUUUUGAUAAUGUUGCAUUUUAGUUUUUAUUUAAACUAUACUGUCUUAAAAAAUCAAAAUGUCUAACUCUAUUUUUAUACAUGGUACAUUUGCUUAAAAUUUUACGGGUAUCGGUACAUUCCAGUUAAUUUGUUAACUAUCUGUUUGAAAAAAAGAUACCUGUAAGCAACUCCUCCAAUUAUAUGUAUUUAAUAAGAAUGCAGAGAUAGAGAACUCAUGAAAAUUUAUUUAACAUUUUGGAUUAAACUAUUUUCAAAUAAUAAAAAUAUUAAUCCAGUAUUUCAGUUUCUACGGAAGGGACAAUGUGUACUUAUUAAUGGCUUUAUUUUUGUUGAAAGAUUAGUUUUUUAUUUUUACAUCAUUGUUUUCCUAAAUCAAGCCCAUAUUUGCAACAUUAUCAGACAAAACAAGUUCGUUUGAAUUAAACUAAAGUUUAUGCAUCACUAUUAUCAUGUAUGCAAAUUAUUAACACAUACAAUAAUCACAAACUAAUCAUACAGUUUAUAGUGUUGUUAUGUUGAGUUGUAAAUUGGAAUGGGUUGGCUUUACAGUGUAAUGGAAAUGUAUAUUAAUAUUCAACAUUUGUUGUCAAUGAUUUGAAUAAAU